UGAAUACCUAAACCAAAAAUAAUAUUUAUCAUAAUAAAGCAAUAGCUAAAGUAGAUUAUUAUUAUUAAAUAAAAAAAUAUGCAGUAAAUAAAGGCGAAUCAUAAGAAUACAAUUUGACAAGAAUGGCGACUCUAACAUUGACUGAAACAGGUAGCACUACAACAAUGCAUAUGCAAGCCCAUCAGGAUGGACAUUCUCCAACUUUGGAGGAGCAGGCAAAUCAAUUGAAUGAACAGCAGCAGCAAUUAAUAAAUAUAGAUAACAUGGGAAGUAUUAACCACGGAUUAAACGAAGAUGUUGUAUCUAUACCCAAAGAAGUUAUGCUAAUAUCGCUGGUAUCGCAAGAGCAAGCUCUUUAUAAUCCAAAGCAUGAGUUCUAUCGUAAUACACAUCGAAAAGAUUCUAAGUGGUUAGAGAUUGCUGACAAUGUCGGUUGGACUGAGGCACAAUGUAAAUCAAAAUGGAAAGCUAUGCGUGACCAAUAUUGUCGUGAACUGAAACGCAGCAAAUUUAAUAUCAAAGCUAAUGUAAAAUGGAAAUAUUUCAAGGAAUUGGAAUUUUUACGACCUUUUGCUUUGUCGAGGAACUAUCGACCGCGUGCCACAAAUAAAAACGAAAAUUUAACUGGGUCGAACGGAAAAAAUACUUGUAACAAAUUACCAAGUAUUAAAAUGGAACAUGGUCAAUUUAGCGCGUCUGAUUUUACCGCUGAUAACAUUUUGAGUGCAGAAGAUAAGCUUGACUCAACAACUUCAGGUCUUCUAAACUCAUUAAGCGAUGAGCAAUUGCACUCAGUGAUGCAGCAACACAGUGGAAGUUGGAAUUAUCUCACAACGACAACGACCACAAGCGAUGUUCACACUUUGGAAGGAAAUGAGCACAGCCCUAAUGAACUGGACGACACUAAUUUACUGCAACAUACACACCCGAGCUCAGAAGCUGAUGAUAUGCUGUGCGCUUUGGUAGAAAGUGUACCGUCUACAAGUGUGCAAAUGCAACAAACACAAUCACACAAUGAGGAAGAAGACGACGAUCCCAUACACACGUUCCUCAAUAUAGAAAGUUUCUUCGAAAAAGACCUCAUUAACUUGAUUCAACAGGAAGAUAUUAUAUAUAAUAAUUUUCAUCCAAAUUAUCGCAAUGCCAAAAUGAAACUUGAAGUUUGGGAUGAAAUUGCACGCAAACUAAAAAAGCCAGUUGGCCGCUGUCGUUUGAAAUGGAAAGCACUGCGGGAUCAAUAUAUCAGAGAACAUAAACGACUGAAAGACCGUGAACAUUCUGAAUUAUUGCCGCGUUGGAAGCACUAUGAUGCGCUUACAUUCUUGCAAAAGUUUAUAAAGCAUAAAACAAGCGAGAGUGAUGUUAAAAACGCAGUAAGAUUACCUAAAAGUGAAUUAGAGCUUGAUGUAGAUGAACAUAUCAUCGACAGUCCGCCAUUGCCAUCGCCAAUAGAAGUAGUACAACACGAUUUGGAUCAGCAAACAUUACCAACAUUGUCAGGUCCACAUACGCAACAUGACCUGCAUACAGCAACACAUGAUAUGUGCGUUGUUAGUGGCAGCAGUGCUAGCGGCUACGAUGAAAUGGAUAUCGAUCACUACAUUAUCGGACAUACAAGCGAUACAGGCGUCAAUGAUGAUGGGAUAGACAUUAAUGCUGGCGAUGACGAGGAUGAUCGGAAAUCACAUCAACAUUUUACAGAGUAUCCGCCAAGUUCAACAAACAACAUGACUGCCAAUAAUAGCAUAAAUCCGCAGGAUACCGGUAGUGACGUAAAAACGGAGAUGAAUGAAUUCAAAGAUAUAAAAGAAAGUAACAUAAUGAUACAACAAGAUAAUGUAUCAUUACAAAAACAACUACAUCAACAUCAACAGCAAUCAUCACAUCAGCUGCAGCAGUCACAGACACAAUUGGUGCUAUCACAACAACAUCAUCAGCCACCGUUAAUGAAGUUAACGUCGCAAAGCACCACGCACCACCAACAUUUACUCUCUUUAGAUGUUGGUGAUGAAACAAGAACUGCCACACUUACCACUAGGGAUAAAUCCCUCAUGCAACUGCAUCACCAACAGCAGCCGCAGCAACAAAUAAAUGAUUUCAGUAACGAAAUGAAGCAUCAACAGCCCCAACAAGCGCUUACAAGUGGUUUAGUGAAGAGCAGUAGUGCGAAUUUGACUUCCAACAACAACUGUGGCAUGUCAAUAUUAAACCCUAGCACCUCACUCAGCAUGGAGGCCAUCAAUUUACAAUCUUUGGCGAGUAGUUCGCAUAAUAGCUCGACGACAACAGCGAUCACAACGCAUGCCCCGUCCACCACCAUCACUGCCGCCUCUCUUCCAAUAGCUGAUAAUCAAAGAGCGACCGACACUUUUGGAGACGAUGAGGUCGGCGCUUUCUUCAAAGCAGUUGCCAUGAAAAUACGCAAUGCCAAUAUGUCGCCGGUGUCUUUUACCGACCUACAAAUCGAUAUUUUACGCGUGAUAAACAGUACAUUGCGCCACAAUUAGUUAGAAGCUCUUACAGCUCAUCGCGCGUGUAAAAUUUUGUAUUCUCUUAUAUAAUGUAAGCUUAGUCUUUUAUUAUAAAUGUUUUUCAUUUCCUCAAUGUACUUUCUUUUCAGAAAUUUUUCAUAUUUUACUAAGUUUAUUCUUUGACCGUCUUACAAACAAGAUAUCUGUUGUUGCAGAUAUGUUUUAUUGGUACGUGUUGGUUUGUGUAAAUAGGCUUGUUUAGUUCUUCAGUACGUCUUGAAGUUAAAUUAAAUCUCAACACUAUUACUAUUUUUUUAAUGUUUUAAAAGUUAUUAAAAGUAAAUUUCACGCGCAGAUAGCUGAAAUGUUUUAAAAAUUUAUUCAAAAUUAAUGUUUUUAACUUAAAUAUUCUUUAAAUUAACUAAACCUCAAUAAUUCAUGUCGUUUAUAAAUUAUGUUAAAGGAAAUGGCUAGAUUUGUGUCAAAGUAGAUUAUUUAUUUAAAAAAAGUAGACUUGAACUUGAGCAAAGUGUGCAAAAAAGUCCAACAGUGGCUGCGAAUUAGAUAUAGAUUUUAUUUUGUCUGCGUUUAGUGCUAUUCUCAAUUGGUUAUAUGUAAGUGGUAUUAUUAUAUUCGUUAACUUUGCACAGUUUUUUAAAUGAAAUGAAAUCAUUUUAUAUUGGUAUUGUGCUCAUUAAUAUAAGAAUAAUUUCGAACGAAAACUUUGUGCAUCUGCAAAUACAUAUGCUUUUAUGCAUAUAUGGUAU